AGGUACCGACUGCUGAACUAAAACCUAAUAACGUAUCUCCCCUCUCAAAUCUCAUCUCCGAUCUCUCAAUCUGUCUCUGACUGACGAGUGACAAGUUCAAGCGGCAUAACAGGACCAAUCUUUCUCUUUUCUUGCGAGUUGCGACAAUCUCUCUCCUCAUCCCUGGGCAGUUAAAAACAACAAAUUUUGCUUUGCGGGGCAGGUUUAAGUCUUCGCGGGUUUGCCCUGUAACCGCACCGCCCCACACCAUUCGCCAUCUCUAUCGGCGAGUGACUCCUCUCCUCUUCAAGUCUUCAACAGGAAUAGAAAUGUUGAGCACCACGCCAAUAUUACCCCUUCCAGCGCCCCCGUUGGAUGGGAAUCUGGGACCAACACCUCCAGCGCAGGUGGUAGAGGAACCAAAGGAUGAUAACAUGGAGGAAAAUGAAGAGGACAACAAUAAAGCCAAUAAUGUUCCAACGUCUGUUGCAACACAUACGAGAACCAUUGGUAUCAUUUAUCCGCCUCCAGAUAUUAGGAGUAUUGUCGACAAGACUGCACAGUUUGUGGCGAAGAAUGGUCCAGAAUUUGAGAAGAGGAUUGUUCUAAAUAACGCUGGCAAUGCAAAAUUUAACUUCCUGAGUGCUUCUGAUCCUUACCAUGCCUAUUAUCAGCACCGUUUGGCUGAAGCUCGUGCACAGAAUCAGGCUUCUGGAGAGCAGCCUACUCAACCAGCAGACCAAGAAGCAGCCCCUGCUCCUCCUACCGCUGAUGGUGCUGAGGCAACUGCUAGGCCUGAUCCGUCUGCUCAGUUUAGACCUGUCAGAAGGGUUCUUGAGCCACCUGAGGCAGAGCAAUAUACUGUUAGACUCCCUGAAGGGAUCACAGGUGAAGAAUUGGAUAUCAUUAAGCUUACAGCACAAUUUGUGGCCAGAAAUGGGAAGUCUUUCUUAACAGGGUUGACGAGCAGGGAGAUUAAUAAUCCGCAGUUUCAUUUUCUAAAGCCUACUCACAGCAUGUUCAUGUUUUUCACUUCACUUGCGGAUGCGUAUUCGAAAGUUCUGAUGCCUCCUAAAGGCUUGACGGAUAAGCUGCGGAAGAGUGCUGCUGACAUGACAACAGUCCUGGAGCGAUGUCUGCAUCGAUUGGAGUGGGAAAAGUCACAGGAGCAGGCUAGGCAGAAAGCUGAAGAUGAGAUAGAACAGGAGAGAUUGCAGAUGGCUAUGAUUGAUUGGCAUGAUUUUGUUGUCGUUGAGACUAUAGAUUUUGCUGAUGAUGAGGAUCAGGAUUUACCUCCACCUAUGACCCUUGAGGAGGUUAUAAGGAGGAGCAAGAUGCCUACAUUGGAGGAAGAAGAGUAUGUUGAGCCUGGAAAAGAGGUGGAAAUGGAGAUGGAUGAAGAAGAGGUGCAGCUAGUCGAAGAAGGUAUGAGAGCUGCGACUCUUCAAGAGAAUGGUGAUGUCAAGAGUGCUGAAACCAUGGGAAUUGCAGAGGAACAGGACCCACCUAUGCGGAUUGUGAAGAACUGGAAGAGGCCUGAAGAGAGGAUCCCCGCAGAAAGGGACCCGACUAAGUAUGUUGUCUCUCCUAUAACUGGUGAGCUAAUACCUAUUAAUGAAAUGUCUGAACAUAUGAGGAUCUCUCUCAUUGAUCCAAAGUACAAGGAACAGAAAGACAGGAUGUUUGCGAAGAUUAAGGAGACAACUCUUGCGCAGGAUGAUGAGAUAUCUAGGAACAUUGUUGGGCUUGCAAGAACCCGUCCGGAUAUAUUUGGUACUACGGAAGAAGAAGUUUCAAAUGCGGUCAAGGCUGAGAUUGAGAAAAAAAAGGAAGAGCCGAAGCAGGUCAUAUGGGAUGGUCACACAGGUAGCAUUGGUCGCACUGCAAGCCAGGCAAUGUCUCACAACACUAAUGCAGAUGAUCAGAAUGAUGCUGCAAAUGAUGAAAGAAACCUUCCUGGUCCGCAGGCUCCUCCACCUCCCAGACCUGGUUUUCCAUCUGUUAGGCCACUACCUCCACCUCCUGGGCUUGCGCUGAAUAUUCCUAGGCCUCCUAAUACCGUCCAGUAUUCCACCUCCACCGGUGCUGGGGUUGCUGCUCCGCCUCCACCUCGACCUCCUAUGGUUAACAUGAUUCCUCAGGUUCGGCCCCCACCUCCUCCCAUGCCACAGAUGCUAGGUCAGCAAAAUCUCAUGGUAAAUCGUCCACCAAUGCCUCCAUCAAUGGCCAUGAAUUCGCAUGGCCAUCCUAUUCCACCACCUCCUGGAUCACAGUUUACACCUUUGGGAGCACCUCGCCCCUUUGUUCCCCUCCCGAUGUCCCAGCCCGGAAUGUCUAUGAUUCCGCCUCCUCCUAUUCCCCAAGGAAUGCCUCCUCCUCCUCCACUGGAAGAAGCCCCUCCUCUACCUGAAGAGCCAGAGCCGAAGAGGCAAAAGCUUGAUGAGUCUGUUCUCAUUCCUGAAGAGCAGUUUUUGGCUCAGCACUCGGGUCCUGCAAGGAUCAAUGUAUCUGUGCCGAAUACUGACGAAGGGAAUCUCAAAGGACAAGUUCUGGAAAUCACAGUGCAAUCUCUGUCUGAAAGCAUUGCCAGUCUAAAAGAGAAGAUUUCCGGGGAGGUCCAGCUUCCUGCAAACAAACAAAAGCUGAGUGGAAAGGCUGGUUUUCUCAAGGACAACUUGUCUCUUGCAUACUAUAAUGUUGCAUCUGGAGAAACUCUCAGUCUCUCUCUGAGAGAACGUGGUGGCAGAAAGAGAUGAAUGGGGAGUUAUUUUGCAUGGCCUUCAAAGGUUUAUUUUGGAACUGUUCGGCAUAUCUAAUCCUUGUUAUGAAUUCAAAGAUUUCUUUAUACGUCUUUCAUGUUAUUUUGGAGAUUAUAUUGGUCUUGUACUUCUAGUUUUUCUUUCUGCAAUUUAAUCAACUUUAUCCUUCAAGCUGAUGGUUGUGGGUAUCUACUACAGAUUUUGGCAUGUUGGCAUUCAUCCAUGAGGACAACAGGAAGUUUAUUAGUUCUAUGUUUUUAAGUGCAAUGACUGUACGUUGUGUUUAUGCUACUAAUUUGUGUUUGUCUUAACAUGUGCAGUUGCUUCACCCUAACUAGAGCUCAGUUGUUAUUUUGUUGUAUCUUCUAGGUCCAAGGCCAUUCUGGAUUAGAAUUUUCUAAUGUAUUCUUGGCAGAUAUUCCUUAUAAUUUUAGAGGCUUCGCAUAGCAAUUUAUUAUCUCUGAUUCUUAUCUGGACUUUAGGACUUAUUUCUGUAGAAGAUAUGCUUGUCGUGGUGGGAGAUACUUGUCGCAAGCACAACUGCCUCUUUUGUGCUUUAAUCCUGUUAAGGGCUGUGAUAUAUGCUGUAUUCGUCGGUUGUUUUAUGAGCUCAAUAGCAAAAGCAGUUUGCCCUGGCUUUCAGCGGAUGUCGCAGUUUGUAGCUUGCGCAACGCAUUUGUGGGGUCUAUCGAUCAUAAUUUCACUUCCAAGUACUAGUGAGAUUUGGCAGCUGGGAAUGUGAUGGACAUAUUUUAAGAAGCUGCGUCCUAUGAAAUCAUGCUCUCUAUCCAUGUGUUUUCUUUUAACUGCCCAGCUUUCCCUAGCAAGCAGAAGUUAUGAACAGAAACCAUUGGAUGCGACUUCUAGAUGAGGUGGCUUUUUUGGUGAGACAAUGAAUAUCAAAGAGUGUGCUUGGAUGUUACCUGAAUUAGAUAAUCGCCGAAAGGGUAGAGUGCAUUGUUGACUCGUUUAAUUUUCAGUUUUAAGACUACAUCACUUAGUUCGCCAUAUGGCCAUUUCUUAGUUAAUUUCCUAUGUAGGUUUCACCAUCCUUAGAAAAUUCAAGUCUUAGGCGUUAUGAUUCAAUUUGUUUGCAUAGUUUAAUAUCCGAACCAAUGUGCAAUUUAUAAACAUGAUCCAUUUAAAGCAUAAGUCGGAAUUAGUUAAUGUAA